ACCCUGUAUGCAUUGGCAGCUCUUCGUAUUCGGCCAGCUGUACGAAAUUGAACGAAGCAUUUCAAACGGUCGUUUCGAAUUCAGCCGAUUGGGAGUACGUAAAUAGCAUCGGAUUUGUAGCGAAUUUUUUUCCUUUGUAAUUGUUGUGUUAAUAGAAGUUUUAUAAAAUCAUUUCAUGGCAAUGAACACUUCUGGAGGUGCUAAUAAUGCAUCCAGCCAUCAGCCCAGGAAGAUAUCAAAUCAAAAUAUACAAGUUUAUGUGCGCGUUAGACCCUUAAAUUCUCGUGAACGGUGUAUACGCUCCGCGGAAGUAAUUGAAACUGUAUCAAAUCGUGAAAUAGUUACCAGGCAUACCAUUGAAUCGAAGUUGACCAAAAAGUUUACAUUUGAUCGCGUAUUUGGUACAGAUUCUCGGCAAGCAGAUGUAUACAGCACAGUUGUGGCGCCUCUCAUUGAGGAGGUGCUCUCCGGCUACAAUUGUACUGUAUUUGCUUAUGGACAAACUGGUACGGGGAAAACGCACACUAUGGUGGGCACUGAAUGCGCCGAAUUGAAAUCAUCUUGGGAAGACGAUUCUGACAUUGGUAUUAUUCCACGCGCUCUGAGUCAUCUUUUCGAUGAAUUACGUAUGCUUGAAAUGGAGUUUUCAAUGCGUAUUUCCUACUUGGAAUUGUAUAAUGAGGAAUUGUGUGAUUUGCUGUCAUCGGAUGAUAGUGUAAAGAUACGCAUCUUCGACGAUAGCACAAAGAAGGGGUCAGUUAUCAUACAAGGCUUAGAAGAGAUACCAGUGCAUAGCAAAGAUGAUGUGUAUAAGCUUUUGGAAAAAGGAAAAGAACGACGAAAAACAGCAACUACAUUAAUGAAUGCGCAAUCUUCAAGAUCACAUACAGUCUUCUCGAUUUUGGUGCAUAUACGUGAAAAUGGCAUAGACGGUGAAGAAAUGCUAAAAAUUGGCAAAUUAAAUUUAGUCGAUUUAGCGGGUAGUGAAAACGUCUCCAAAGCGGGCAAUGAGAAAGGCAUACGCGCCAGAGAAACCGUUAAUAUAAAUCAAAGUUUGUUGACGCUGGGGCGUGUCAUUACGGCAUUAGUAGAGCGCACACCACACAUACCCUACCGAGAGUCGAAACUAACACGUCUGCUACAAGAAUCGUUGGGUGGACGCACGAAAACAUCCAUAAUUGCCACCAUCUCACCGGGUCACAAAGAUAUUGAAGAGACAUUAAGUACAUUGGAAUAUGCGCAUCGCGCUAAAAACAUACAAAACAAACCAGAAGUAAACCAAAAAUUAACCAAGAAAACUGUGCUCAAAGAGUACACCGAAGAGAUUGAUAAGCUGAAACGUGAUUUAAUGGCGGCCAGAGACAAAAAUGGCAUUUACUUAGCAGAGGAUACGUACAACGAAAUGACUUUGAAAAUGGAUUCACAGAAUCGCGAAUUAAAUGAGAAAAUGUUGCUUUUGAAAGCAUUAAAGGAUGAGCUACAAAAUAAAGAACGUAUCUUUAAUGAGGUUAGCUUAAAUCUAGUGGCGAAAACUGAGGAAUUAAAACGUACCGAACAAAAUCUCAAUCAGACGCAAGGCGCAUUGCAGCAGACAAAGCGGUUAUUCAAUUGCACUAAGCGACGCUAUAAGGAGAAGAAGGUAUUGCUGCAAUCGCACAUGAAAACCGAGGAGGUGCUAACGAAUCAGGCGUUGGAAAUUUUGGAUGUUGCCGAUAUUGCCACAAAAGACACACAUCAAUUGCAUAGUACAAUUGAGCGCAGAAAAGAUGUUGAUGUUAAAAUUCAAACUGCAUGCGAACGUUUCGCUGAACGCAUGCAUGAUAACUUCGAAUUAAUGGAUAGCAAUUUAAGCAGUAUGAAAGAACAACAAAAUUCUUAUAUUAAAAUGCUACAAGAGGAGUUUGACAAUACCUCAAAUGCACAUAAGAAACUAGUAGGUGAUAGUGACAUGAAAAUACAGAAAGUCAAUGAUUUAUGCAAAGAAUCGCUUGCAUCGACAAGCACAAUCAUCGAAAAAUGCUUUCAAGCACUUGGUGAUACUAGCAGUGAACAAAAAAUUACAUUCACACAUUUGUUUAAAGCGCUGGAGAGUAAACAAAUCGAAUUCGCUGCACAAAUGCAAGAGACUCUGCAAGAUUUAGUUAGGUUUACAGAUCAACAAAAAGCGCUUACAGAAAAUAUGCAUACAACUGUUGUGGAAAGUCUGCAAGAAAAAUCGCAAAACCUACAAGUGCAUACCAAUAAAAUAACCGAACGUAUUGGCGAAAUCAAACAGUUCGCAGAAACAAACAUACAACAUUUGGCACAAAUGCACCACGAAAUAGAGAAUGAGCGUGCAGCGGCAGCAGAGGAACGUACGGCUAUGGAGGAAAUCAUAGAGAAAUUAAACAGCUUGAAAGAAAAAUCUUAUGCGAAUAGGAAAACACGUGCAGACGCCAUUAACGAACUAAAGGUAAAAGUAGAAGAAAAUACGCAAAGAAGUAUUGAACGUGUACAGCAAAGUUCAACAUUUGCUCAAGCCCAUUGCGAGGAGAGCUGCAAUGAGAACGCAGUAAUGCAACAGAAGCACGAAAAGCAAACUACCGAGGCACUAAAAUGCAACGAACAACAAGCAAACGCGCACACAACGCUCAAGGCACAAGUUGACAACAUGCAACAGGAUGGCGCUGUACGCAUCGUAGAGUUCACCACCACAGCCGCCACACAUUUGGAGUGCACACAGAAAAUGCUGGGAGAGCAUGUCGCCGAAGUGAAACGUGCACGACUGGAGAGCGAGCUGAAAAUUGACGAAGCUACUACUGAUGUAAAGGCGAGUCUCGCGGAAGAUUCUCAACGUUUGAAGCAGCAUGUGGCCGUUUCGGGUGGCUUGACCACUUCCUUGCAGAAAAACAUACUGAAUUAUGCAAACACUUACAGAGAACAGAUGAGCGCUUGCGUAAACGAUGUGGAUAAAUUUCAGCAACGCGAGCUGCAGACAUAUGCGCCAACAGGUGCCACACCAUCGAAACGCAAUUUCAUCUAUCCACGCUCUUUGGCCUCCACAUCGCCACAUAUUGACAUCGUGAAACGUUUUCGGCAAGAGAACGAAUGGUCGGAUUUGGACACAACAGCGCCAAUUGAUGAGGGCAGUGAAGAUGAGCAUGAUCUGAAGCAUUCCAUGCAGGAAAUUUCCAAUACAGAAGUUCUGCUCAACUCAACACCCAUCGAUCUAACAAAUGUCGCCACGCCCCAAAUGAAUAAUGUCGCAAACAAGAAAUUAAAUGCAAUUCUAUCGAAGAAACAAUUGCGCAAUAGCAACUCAUUGUCUGGCGGCAGUCCACCACGCAAACCGUCGCCAUCACACAAUUCGUCAGCACCAACUUCAAGAGCCAACAAGGAAAACAUGUCCUAAGUGAAAACUUUCUCAAAACGCAUUCAAAUUUUAUUUAUCCCCGUGCUUGCUGUUUACAUUAUUUAACUGUAUAUUUAUUUGAAAAGAAAAAUGUUUGUUUUCCACGCUGAAGGUAUGCUUAACUGCAGUUUGUGCUGCUUUACUUACUUUAUUGAGAAUAGCGUUACUCGCUGUCAGUUAAUUGAGGCAUGCAUCUAACCUGAACUGGACAAAAGUGAGACGUAUGCAUUAGUCACUGCUAUGGAAUUUCGAAAUUUAUUAAACUCGCGUGCAAAUACAACAAAAAUCUACCAACUCUAAGGAAUUGUUGCUUAAAAGAGCGCUUUUUAAAAGUUAAUUACAAUAAAUAUAAAUAAAGAAGUGAGUAGUCACAAUCUGCAGCGGUACCUUCGUUGUGUGCUUUCGUUUAUUGUCGCCAUUGAAUGUUUUUUGUAAAAUUCAAUUCAAACAUAUUUAUUUUAGUUGUUCUCUUCUUCUUACUUUGUUUAUGCUUAUUUUAAAAUGUAUACAAUUUAAAAUUGCUUCACUUUCCAACAUGACAUUCGUGUGUAAAUAUAUUUUGCUCGUGCUUCUUGUAUAUCCUUUGUUGCUGAUUUGUUAAAAAAAACAAGAAAUCGAAAAUAUAAAAAUAAACAGAUCCCUGUAACACUUAAA